GUAAUUGAUAAAGGUGGAUAUGGUACAGUAUCUUCUGCAAUCUGGUUAGAUGGCAAGCAAGUUAGUAAGAACUUAUAUGCAUAUAAACAAGUUGCGCUUAAAACUCUUGGCACUUUCAAAGAAGUAAGUUCAAAAUUUUACUAUAAUGUUUUGCAAAAAG